AUGACUCCCGAGGUCUUUUCAAUCGCCGACCUAGAUGCUCGCCGAGUCGCCGACCGUGGCCUUUCAAGUAUGGCCACAGCUCCUACAUUUCUCACCCCUUUGUUUGUUCAAAUUCUGCAUAUCAUGAUGAGCUUUCGGCAGCAAUCAUCGAGAGUCGGCUGGCAAUGGUCGUCAGAUCUUUUCAGAUUGUCUAACCAGCCAAUUCGAACUUCAACGCUGGGCAACUCUAGGCAAUCGCGUCGUAUCCAACAAGCGACACGGACAGCUGUAUCUUAUACCCCAGAUUCUUCAAGAAACGGCGCUUCCAUCAAGGGGACAGUUUGUCAAUCAAAAAAACGACCACCAGUUCACAGCUGGAACCAACCAUUCUCGCCAUGUUCAUGCUCCAUCCCUACCAAGCAUGCAAUCUCACAUCGAGCUAGAUACAGCACUGCAUCCACUAUAUCUACUGAACCUGUCAUUCACGAUGUCUUCGAACCCGCAUCAGGAACAUGGCAGUAUCUCAUCGCCGAUCCGUCGACAUCAACCGCUGUCAUCAUCGACCCAGUCUUGAACUAUGAUCCCGCCACUCAGGCUGUGACCACUCAGGCCGCCGACUCCUUGCUCGCCCUUAUCAAGGAAAAGGGCUAUACGAUUGACAAAAUUCUCGAAACCCAUGCUCAUGCUGAUCAUUUGACUGCAGCAUCUUAUCUUCAAAAACAUCUUGCCCACGAUCAAGACCAUAAGCCGCCUAUCUGCAUUGGCAAGCGUAUCGAGCAAGUGCAAAAAUUGUUUGCUGAAAGAUAUGGUGUCCUACCAGAGGAAUAUAGGGGUAUUUUUGAUAGGCUUUUUGACGACGAUGAGACCUUCACUAUUGGGAACCUGAAAGGACAGGCUAUUCAUUUACCUGGGCACACCCCGGAUCAUCUUGGUUACAUGAUUGGAGAUAAUCUAUUCUGCGGUGAUUCCCUCUUCCAUGUGGACAUCGGCACUGCACGCUGUGACUUCCCCGGUGGCGACGCCAACGAUCUCUUUCGAUCAGGUCGCAAGCUUCUGAGCCUGUCUGACCACGUCAAGAUCUGGACAGGUCAUGAUUAUCCGCCGGAGGGACGGAGUGAACCCGUGCCUUGGGUGAGCGUCCAGGAUCAUAAGAAGCUGAAUAAACAUCUGAAAGACGGCAUCAGCGAAGAAGAGUUUGUGACUUUGCGAAAGGAACGUGAUGCAGGAUUGGCAGCACCGAAGCUUCUCCAUCAAUCUUUGCAGAUCAACAUUCGAGCGGGACAACUUCCUUCGCCAACGAAAUUUGGCCAUCGGUUGCUUCACCUUCCAUUAAAGCUCACAGGGGAAGUCUGGUAA